AUGCUCUGGCAUAGCAUUAAAAAUAUUACCAACUCGCACAAAACUAAACCUCCCAAUCAGGAAUUAUUAUCUAUUGAGGGAACGCCGGUUGAUUCUGCUAAUCUAGUUAAUGGGUUCUUUGCUUCUGUUGGUGCAAACUUGGCUGGUAGGAUACUCCCCACAUCAUUAACAUCUGAUAGAGGCACUGAAGGUGCCUCUGCGGAGUCUUUUGUUUUGCUUGAAACAGAUUGUGAUGAAGUGAGGAAUGCUAUCAACAACCUAAAGUCGAGCAGCAGUACUGGAUAUGACGGCAUCUCGAGCCAACUGCUUAAACUGAUCCAAGAGUUCAUUGUACCCCCCCUGACCGACCUUUUCAAUGAUUGCUUGAAUCUUGGUGUCUUUCCUGAGUUUUUAAGCAAUCUAUAG